AUGUUUGGGCUGGAGCAGUUUGGUUCUCAGAUUAAUAGCAGAAACCCUGGCCAGUCAGAGAGAAACAUAAACCAACCGAGACUGAACAUGGGCUCUCAUUAUAAAAGCCCUGCAGGUUUUCACGCUGGAGGCCCGCCGGGAGCCGUGGAGCCCGGCAUGGGCCCGAUGAGCGAGCCUCAAAUGCUCGGGCUCAACAUGAACAUGAACGGAGAGCAGUACGGGGGCUUCCACCCACGGGGCCACUCGGACAUGCAUGCAGGCGGAGGACUCCAGCAGCAGCAGCAGCAGCAACAAGGAGCCAUGCAUGGAUUUUUCAACAACCAGCAACCUCACCAAGGACACCCACACGGCCACCAACCUCACCCCCACCAACCUCACCCUCACUUCAGUGGGAACUUUGGAGGCCCAGAGCCAGGCUCGUCGUGCCUGCACGGUGGAAGGCUAAUGGGCUACAACAACAAUGGCAUGGGACCACAGCAGGGCUUCGGAGAGGGAUUUGAUCCUCUUUCAGAGGGGCAGGGAGGGGACAGCUUCCCCCAGCAGCAGCAGCAGCAGCAGCAGCGGCCUGGUAACAUGCCCGACUUCCAGCAUCACGGGCCUCCGAGCGGCAGCCAUGCUGUUCCUGCCCCCUGCCUCCCCUUGGACCAGUCGCCCAACAGAGCAGCAUCCUUCCACGGACUCCCUUCCUCCUCAUCCUCAUCUUCGGAGUCUCACGGUCUCGAGCCCCGGCGGAUGCCCAACCAAGGCGCCGUGGAGGGGUUAGAGUAUAACUUCCCCAGUGAGCCUCCAUCUGGACAUUUUGACGUUCAUGUUUUUUCCCCGUCAGAAUCAGAAUCUCAGUUACCCCAUUUUGGGCCGGGGAGGCCCGUUCCAGGUGGAAAUUUCCCCGGGAACCCCAGCAUGCCACGGACUCCAGGUAUGCAGGGCAUCUCGAAGGGACACCAGCCGCCCCCACCGCAGCCCCAGCAGCCUCAGCACGGAGUGUUUUUUGAGCGUUUUGGAAACGGUCGAAAGGUGCCCGUGGGAAUGGAGCCGGGGGUCAACGCCAGACAUCCUCUCAUGCAGCAGCAACAACAGGCCGGCUUGAUAUCCAGACAGAACUCAUGUCCCCCUGGCCUUCCCAGACCCCCUCAGGCUGAGCCGGGCUCCACUAACCCUAACAUUCUGGACGGAGGGGUCAUGAUGCCUGGCCAACACAACCAGUUUGAAUAUCCCAUUCACAGACUGGAAAAUAGGGGGCUGCACCCCUAUGGGGACCCCAUGUUUAAUAUGCAACAGCCAGCUCCUCCCCCCUCCCAGCAGCCCCCAAACCAGAGGCUACAACACUUUGACUCUCCGUAUAUGAACAUGGCCAAAAGGCCCAGAUUUGACUUUCCAAACGCACACGGCGGUGAAGGCUGGUGCGGCGGGAUGGAUAACCACCUCUCUCCCUCCGCCUACCCCGGCCUACCUGGGGAGUUCACUCCACCUGUGAGUGAAGGGUUCCCACCUGGUCCUCUGCAGCAUCCAGGGCCCGAGCAGCAGUCUCUGCAGCAGCGCCAGAACGCCGCCAUGAUGAUCAAACAGAUGGCUUCUCGAAACCAGCAGCAGAGGAUGAGGCAGCCCAGCCUGCAGCAGCUGGGUCACCAUGGCGAUGUUCCUCCGGGCCCCAUGGCUCACGGCGGCCCUGUUGGGAACAUGCCUCAGCCCGGCUUUGACAGGGAGAGCGGGGGCAGGAUGCCCAACAUUGAUGGACAGAAUCCUCAUGUAACUCAGGAGAACUCCUGGUUCCAAGGGUCCCACCCACCAGGGGAGAUGAUGUCACGGCGUAUGGGUGGAGCAGGGAACGAAUCAGGGCCUCACGACAUGGGGCUGCAGCAAAAUGGGGCCGGGAUGAUGUUCAGGCCGGGUAUGGGCAUGCAGGAGCCCAUGAGAAUACCCGGAGACGGUCAUGUGCCGGCCCUUCACUCCCCGGGGAUCCACUCACAGUUCAGCAGCAACAUGGGGAACCUCGCACAGAUGCAGAGUCCAGGAGCGGGAGCCGGGCACCCCAACCCACCAGCAGAGCGGCGGCCGGCUGACUUUCCUGCACCUCCGAUGGGAGCUCAGCCAACGUUUCCUUACGGAGGAGGUAACCGUCAAGGGCCGCCCCACAGUGCUCCCCAGGGGGUGAGCACUUCACCGGGGACAUACCCACCCCAGUCUGAGUUCCCCCCAGGCCAGCGGUCCUCUGUCAGUAAGCUAGGAGCUCUGUCUCUGGGUAACUUCAACAAAACCAGCUCCAAAGACAGUGUUUUUGGCCAGAGCUGCCUGGCGGCCCUCUCUACGGCCUGCCAGAACAUGAUAGCGAGCCUAGGGGCCCCCAAUCUUAACGUAACGUUCAACAAGAAGAACCAAAACGAGGGCAAGCGAAAACUGAGUCAGACGGAGCAGGACAUUAAUAGCAGCACAUCUAAUGGGACUGGCAGUGCUGGGCCUGAAUAUUUUCAGAGCAGCACUUCCCAGAACAGCCAGAUGCCUGGCACCGGGAAUAGCAACUCUAAGCCUGCAAGUCAAAGCCAGACGGUGCAGGGGGAAGCCAGUGCCCUCUCCCCAAAUUUCAACAUGGACGCUACCCCGUGCAGUGAGGGGAAGGCAACAACAGGGAGUGGGAGAGGGAGAGGGAGGAGAAAAAGAGACAGCGGACAUGUGAGCCCUGGAAUUUUUUUUUCCUCUGACAAUGGAAACCCUGUUGUAAGUCCAGGCCAGCAGACCCCCUCAGCUGGCGUUGGGGAGAGGGGUGGGGGCACGCCCCAUGAGAAGCACCUCCAAUCGCCCUCGUGGGGGAAAGGAGGUGACCUAAUGUUGGGGGACCAGGCCGAUCUGAUGUCGUCUUUGGACAGCGGCAUUCAAAGCGUUGCCAAGUCUGACAGCAGCUCGCCACGAGUUGACUUUCCGGACGACGUAAGCACCCACUACGGCAACGAGGAUGAGGUGUCAUCCAGCUCUGACGCAGGCGGGGCCUCCGCCGCCAAGCCUAACCGCAGCCCCAUGAUCACCGGCUCACCCAAGAUGCAGAGGGGCGACCACGGGCUGGUAAACGGACAGAAGCCCCUCAGCAUGGGCAUUAACAAUCACACUACCUCGACACCAGACAGCUACGGACUGAACGCCGGCGGGGCCACGGGGGCCAGCGGGGUGAGCCAUCCCGGCACCCCCGGAGUGGAGCAGGUACGAACCCCAUCCAGCACCUCCGGCCAGGAAGAGAUCCACCCUCUGGAAAUCCUGCAGGCCCAGAUCCAGCUGCAGCGGCAGCAGUUCAGCAUCUCCGAGGACCAGCCCCUGGCCUUAAAGAACGGCAAGAAGAACGGAGACUGUCCCUCGCAGCAGAACGGAGACAACGAGCUGGCAGGCUGCAGCCCGGAUGCUGGGAAGGGCUCAAUGGGCACUAUUGACCUUGACACCCUGAUGGCAGAGCAGCACGCCACCUGGUACGUGCCCAGUGACAAGGCCAUGAUGGACGGGUCGGAGGAUGACAAGGCCAUGGGACCAUGGGAGAAAAACAAGAGCCAGAGCAGCAGCAGCAGCAAAGAAGGUAAACGGAGACAGUUUGGGUCACAUUUGACCCUCUAUACUUCCCUCUCUCUCUCCUCUGUCCUUCUGUCUCAAACUGAACUCAGUCCUCAGCAGCUUCGCCUCUUGAAUUUACCUUUUUGUCUUUUUUAAACUGAAAUUUAUUUGACCUGAUAUGAAGUGUGAGACCUCGCAGCUGACAUGUUAAAGGCUUUUCUAACGCUCAUAUAUAUAAUAAAAACGCUCCUUUUGUUGGAGAGGUGCGGCAGAGAGCAGCUCUGUUAAACCGGCUCUUUUGUUGGAGUCUCUGUAGGAAAAUAAGAGAUUUAAGGCUGACAGGAUUCAGGGGAAAAAAAAACUCAUUUCUGCCUCUUAAUUCUGGUUAAACUGGUCCGUGUUUCAGAGGGUGAACCCGGGCAGCAGGGUGGACAAACCUCCGGGUGAACAAAGUAAAGCAGCAUUUUUCUUUGUAUUUCUCGGAGGUUCCUCAUUGUUGGAGCUCUUCAAAAGAGCAGCUCGGGAAAAGUCAACAUUUCCUGCGGUUCUUUAUCUCGGUUUUCAGGGUGAACAACUACAUUGAGCAGAUUAAUAGCUUUCGGAGGAUAUGCGUGUGCGCAGCGGGGUUCCCCUCGCCUUGUUAGCUGUUUGUUUUUCUUAUUAUCAGGGGAUAAUACCGAGCUGCUCCCUCUCUCCCUCUCUCUCUCUCUGUCUCAUUGAUUUUACAUUGGCAGCUCCGGAUUAUUUCGGGGAUUACUGUGCAUGCUCACAUUUACACCCUCGCUCCGGUGUCCGAAUUUAAACUGAAUAUUUUUAAUUAGUCAUUUUUAAAAAUCUACAUAAUUUUCUACCUCAAACAUAAUUAAAGUUAAAUUAGUUAUUGAUUUAUAAUCUUGGAAAUGUUCUCAGUGAAAUAAGAAAUACUCCGUUUUAAAUAAACACACAGAGUUUGUUAAACAGACGGGAGUUUAUGACGAACAAGCGUCGGUGAAUAGUUUAAAAUAAAUCUAAUAUAAUCCGGUUUAAUUGGUAAUUUUGAAUUCAAAUACACGUGAAUAAUUUUUCAGCUUCGUCGUUCAAGUUCUUAUAAUUUUCUAAUUAUUCAAAAUCGUUUUUAGAUAAUAUAGAAAAAAACAACAAAAUGAUCAUAAUUAUAAUAAUUAUAACAGCAGUAAUUAUAAUUAUAUUUAAACAUUUAAAUAACCCUCUAAAUUAAUUUUUCCUCCUCGUCGUAAUUUUUUAAUUUAGUGUUUUAAUUUUCAUGAUUUAAAAAAAAUCUGUAUUAAACAAACUGAAGUUUAAUAAAUCCUCUCCGUGUUUAGUAUGUAUUUCUGGAUUAUUUCAGACCUUUUUAAUCUCAGAUUUUCUUUUUUCUGUUUCUGAUCCUGAAUUAUUUCCUCCGUCAGUAAAACCCACGAACCCACGGACGGCGUGGAUUUAUGGGUAUAUGAUAACGGAGGGACGCGAGUGUGUGUGUGUGUGUGUGUGUGCGCGCGCGCGCUGAGCCCUCGGUGCGUCUCGCGCCUCUUUGUUCUGAUCGGUGCGGGUGCAGAGAGGGGCGGGGGCGCGCACGGAGUGUGUAGUCCAGCAUAUCGUGGGGGUGAGCACGGGGAGGGGGGGGGGGGGGGCAGACAUGUCAGUUUUUCACAGCAGGAGAGAAAAUAAAAAAAACUUUAUUUACACCGAUCAGCUGAUUGGAUUAUUUACAUUAAUCUUUCUCUGUAAAUAAAAAGUGAGACUGGAGCAGGAGGAAGAAUCUUUAAGUUUAUUUAGAGAAAAUGAGACUUUAAAGAAGCUGUUUUUCUGCUCCUGUUAUUAUUGAACUUCUUAAAGAUGUUUUUCUGAGUUUCUGAAAUUGAAAUCUCUAAAACCAGCAGACGACGUUAAAGUCGGGGUUAAAAUCCUCCUGAUCAGAGAGUGACGAUCAUGACUCCUGAUGGGUUGAUGGAUCAGUUUUCCUCCUCAGAGUCAGAAUCCACCCCCCCACCCUCGCCCUGUUGCUCUGACAACUUUAAUUACUCUGAUCGCACAUUAAACAACCAGGAUUCACUCAAACAGCUGCUAUUUAACACCACAAUACUCUCAUUUCUGCUCCCCAUCCUCUCCUCCUCUCCUCCUCUCCUCCUCUCCUCCUCUCCUCCUCUCCUCGUCUCCUUGCCUCCUCUCUCAGCCCUCCCUGCGUGGACACGAGGCAUGCAGCUCAGGAGCGAUCGAUAGCUAGUUAGCACAAAUCACGGCUCCUGACAGUUUCUCAUUUGAGUGCUUCAGACAGCAGAGAUGAAAAAAAGGGUGGAGGUGUAUUUGGGGGGGGGGGUGGUGUUCAGAUUGAAUCUGAUGCUUCGGCGACACAGAAGGAGCAAAAUAACAUCAUAAUUUAAGAUAAGUCAGAGCCACAGAGCUCUGCUGUAAGAGCCAACAUCCCACAGGCUGAAGACUAAAAUAUACACGAGACCCCACCCCACCCCCACACACACACACACACACACACACACCACCAACCAAACUCUGCCGGGGGGGGGGGGGGAUGUCACCGACACUAAUGUGAAAUAAAUCACAGCAACUCAUUAGGCCGUUAACAUGAUUCUAGUGUAGAAAUAUCUGCAGAGAUCCUGAUGUGGAGAUGAAGCUUUUACACUGAAAUCACAUUAGAACCAGAAAUGAUCAUAAAUGAUCAUAAAUGAUCGUCGUGUUAGGACCGUGUUAGGAGAGGUUUUUUAAAUACAGAGAUCUACUGUUUUAAUUUUCAGGAUCCGUUUUUGUCGUCGCUGUGAUCUGAGAGAGACGGUGAAAUCCUGCAGAUCAUUUUCCUGGUGAACUCUCGUCAGGUUAAUUAUUUAAAAAAGUUUUAAUUUCAUCGACGCAGACGCUCAAAUUCUGAUCCUGGAAAUAAAAACACAAAAGUGAAUUUACUGGAAGGAGAUUUUAAAAAAAACAAACGCAGAUCUGUGAGUCGAACCUGAACGUGUCUUUAGUGAUGAGAGUUUAGGUCUGUGUGUGUCUGUGUGUGUCUGUGUGUGUUUGAUAUAAGAGUGUCUGUUGUGUCUCAGUCCGUCUUUUCAGUUAACCUCAGAUCUGAACGCAGUGAAAGAGGUCAAAGGUCAGCAUGAAGUGAGCGUCUCCAUCCUCUUUAUUACGGGGGCCGAAAAGUGACGUUUGCAGAGAGCUCAGAGUGUGUGUGAGUGUGUUUGUGUGUUUGUGUUUGUGUUAGUGUUUGUGUGAGUGUGUUGGAUUGUGCAGCAGCGGUGAAACUUCAGCUGAUGUGGGUCGGUCCCCCUCACCCCCUCGGAGCCUCUUUAAAGUGAUGCCUGUUGCUCUGAUGGCCCCUCUGGACCCCGUGUUUGGCCCCUCUCUCUCUCUCUCUCUCUCUCUCUCUCUCUCUCUCUCUCUCUCUCUCUCUCUCUCUCUCUCUCUCUCUCUCUCUCUCUCUCUCUCUCUCUCUCUCUCUCUCUCUCUCUCUCUCCCUCUCUCUCUCUCUCUCUCUCUCUCUCUCUCUCUCUCUGUCGUUCUGUCGGUUAAUAUUAUUUCCCCUUUUUUAGAAGAAAGCCCGCUCUCUCCUUCCUCUUCCUCCUCCUCCUCCUCCUCCUCCUCCUCCUCCUCCUCCUCUCUCCGUCUAUCUUUGCCAGAAGCUGACCGUUCGUUUGGAAACUGGUGCAGAGUCUUGAUAACGGGCCACCAGCAGGCGCAGGAAGUGAUUCAGUCCUUUUUAUUUUUACUUUUUGCCACAUGCACUUGUUUUUGUCUUUAUCAGCUCAGUUCAAACGCUUCACUGUUGACCCGCCGGAGUCGUUUCUCUCUCUCUCUCUCUCUCUCUCUCUCUCUCUCUCUCUCAGUAAUCAGCCCAUAAACAGCUCCAAUAAUGAUCAAAUCGCUCUCCCUCCGACUUUGACAGCUCAGAAAAAAGCAGAACCUGCAUCUUAUCACGCCGAGUAGAAAGCACUUAAAUCUGCAGAAAGCGCCGUAUUGAUAUUCCGGCGUGGAGCACGCGGUCCUGUGAGACUACCUGCCUUUGACAUUUCAGCGACAACAACCUCACAAAUCACACCCCUAAUUUCUGUUUCUAAAAACAGACCCGGGUGAUUGGCACGUGCUUGAAUGUGGAAAAAACAGCUCGGGGCAGUGUGUGUUCUUUACCUGUCAUUACAAGGUGUUUCAUAUUGACGUUUUCAACAACACACAUCCACCCAGCCCGCCACCGCCGCCGCCGCCACCGCCGCACACUCCUGUACUACAGUAAUAAUGAUAAUAAUCAUCAGGAUAAUCGCAGCAAUUAGCCCGAGUGAGAUCGUUUCCAAAGGUGGUUAUUCCUCCUCAGGCGACUCCGCAGAGUUGAAGCGGUUCUUGACGGGUUCUUGAUCAUCAGCCGGUUCAGGUUUCCGUCAUCGGAUCAGGACCUGCUGAAUGCUGGUCCUCCUGAGCUCAAAGACCCGAUCAUGCCUCGCUGUUUCAGUGUGGGGCUGGUUCUGUGGACGUGAAGUUGGUGUCAGACUCACAGAUUCAGAUCCUGAAACUCACCGAAGUCAAACCUGCUGCAAAUAUGAGAGAGAAUAAAAACACCCAUCGAGGCUUUAAAGAGGCGCGCAUGUGUGUGUGUGUGUGUGUGUGUGUGUGUGAUGGAGGCGUCCAGCCUUUUGGCUCUGCUGGAUUUUGGCGUCUUGUUUCUGGGGACGAGUGUCUGAAUCGGGUCGGACCGGCCUCGGUGUGUUUUAAAUGUUCGGAGCUGAAUUUGUCUCGAACCGUCGACCGAGGACGUGUGUGAGGAGCCGACACGCAAUGAAUGAUGGGAAAAAAGCCUCAGUCUGAUAUGAAGGUGUCCCAGCUUCAUAUGUGUGUGUGUGUGUGUGUGUGUGUGUGGUCACGGUGCUGCCAGCAGCCGUUAUGUUAUUAGACACACAGGUAGUGCUUUAAUUUGUGUUGCUGAAUUGACGGAUGAGUUGUGACAGUGGAGCGGUUUCUCCGGGGAGACUGAAGUGGAUCCUGAUGGAGCGACGGAGAAACUCGCAGAGAUGGCGAGAAGUCUUCGUCUAAACGUGGACCUUCACUCAGGAGGCCGCGUCACAGACUCCAUGUUUGUUUUUUCUGUGACAGUUUAUUAAUUUUUCUUUAGUUUCUAAAAUAAAAAUCGUCCCUUUGAUUACAGGAUAAAACUCGUUUAUUUCAUCUUUUUCUGUAAUUCAGAAAAUAAAAAAGUCUGUUUUUAAAUUCAUGUUUGACCUGAAAGUGUGUGUGUGUGUGUGUGUGUGUGUGUCGGCGUGGCGGUGGCGCUGAGUCCAAAUAGAGACAGUGAAGUAGAUCAAUAUGUCCCAGAGUUGGAUGACAUGUUGGACAGGUUCUGGACGCGGCUCUGAGUUAUGAUGGCGGCUCUAAAUCACUUCCCAUGUUCUGAUUUGUGUCUGGUUUCCUAAACACUUCUGAGGCCAGAGGGGGAGGUGUGUGUGUGUGUGUGUGUGUGUGUGUGUGUGUGUGUGUGUGUGUGUGUGGGGGGGGGUGUUGGAGAUAAGGUACGCCUGCGGGGGGGCGGUGCCUGUCCGGACAGGUUUCUCUUUUUCUUUCUGUUUUUGUUUUUUUCAGGUUGGAAAAACGGCGGCGAGGAGGAAAUUCAAACCAGAAUAACCUCUGUGCCCCCCCACCCCCCCCCCCACCCCCCGCUGCAGAAAUGUGCCCCCCCCCCCCCCCCCCACCCCCACCUCCCCCCGCUCCCUGCAGACAUCCUCCCUGCUCUGAGGGAAAGGUCACUCUGCGCCGUGGCGUUGGGGGUGCGGGCGGCCUAACUCGCUCUGGGCCCCUCAGACCCUGUGACAGCGGCCCCCGUUAACGGGUCCCUCAGACCUCGGCGGUGGUCUCUGCUGGUCCGGGUUUCUCCUCCUGAUUUAUCUGGUAAACUCAGACCUUUGCUGACAAAGCCCGCCCCCUCACGCCGCGCCGUGCCGCUCGUUGUUAUGCUGAAGGAAUCUGACCUGAUGUCACCGACUGUCACCGGAGCAAAGGCCUCUGGGUGUUUUUGUCAGCCGGCCGAGCGCUGUGAUUGGGCCGGUUUGUGUUCAGAGAGGAAGGGGUCGCGCCCUCGGGAGCACGGGGUCAAAGGUGAAGUGUCGUCAUGGAAGUAUAGAGCUCUGGAUAGAAAGGGCAGAGGCCUGCCGCACGGGAUUGUGGGUCCUGGGAAAUCAAUGUGACGGCUCUGAGAACUCGGGUCCCGCAGAUUCAGACCGACUCGGAGUUUCAGGUUUUAAAGGAAAAUUCAAGUCCGACACGGAGACCACCGGUGUGUGUGUGUGUGUGUGUGUGUGUGUGUGUGUGUGUGUGUGUGUGUGUGUGUGUGUGUGUGUGUGUGUGUGUGCAGCGGUGUAAGAGGUGGCGUGUUUCCUCCUCGCCGUGGUUAUAAUCUGUAAUGUGGUUAAUGUUUUCGGUGCGUUUGUGACCCUGCUGCUCCUGCUGCUCCUGCUGCUCCUGCUGCUCCUGCUGCUCCUGCUGCUCCUUCUCCCGUGUUCCUGAGGUGUUUCCCUCCGAUGAAGAGGCUAUUAUUAAGAUAUCAUCGUGGAUAUGAAUCCCGCCAUAAGCGGAGCGAGAUCUGAUUUCCUGCGUGUAAAGCGUCACGCCGAUUUGGGCUGAUGUCAGAAUUUCACACCGCCGUCUCCGCUCCUCGACGGAUAAUCGAGACAAUUUAAGGCUCUUUAUUCUCCUCCUUCAGCCGUAAACCUGAAACACUGUCGGAUAUUUUAAUCCUGCUGGUCAAGAGUGCGUCUGAUCUGACAGGAAGUGACGUUUUCAGGUGGAGAACGACUCGAACCUCCGACCUGCUGAGUGAAAACUAACUCUGAUUUUAACACCAACAGCCGGGCGUCUGUCUGUUUGUGCAUGUGUCGGUGUGCACGUGUGAGGGCUGGUGUGUGCACGGCGGCGGCGGCAGUGGUGUGUUGUGUGUCUGUGGUGUUGUGUGUCUGUGGUGUUGUGUGUCUGUGGCGGUGUGUGUUGUCAGUUCUGUGUGUGUCAGCGGUGAGUCGGGGGAACGCUUGGCUGCCUAUUCAGGCCGGUCUGGACCCCGCUGUGCCCAGCUAGCAUGAGCUGCCGGCGGGUGCUGGAGGGCACACACAACGCUGAGCAGAGGUGUGUGUGUGUGUGUGUGUGUGUGUGUGUGUGUGUGUGUGUGUGUGUGUGUGUGUGUGUGUGUGUGUGUGUGUGUGUGUGUGUGUAGUGGCGGGGGUUCUGGCGGGGGUGGAGGAUCUGCCAUCAUGCUGAGGUGUAUGACUGGACCCUCUGGCAAAUGUUAGAUCUUGUCACGGCCGCCACCGACACUGCUCUAAAUCCUUACACCCCCCCACCACACACACACACACACACACACACACACACACACACACACACACACACACACACACACAGGGAGAGAGAGAGAGGUAGAGUCCCAUAGGCAGUCACAGAGGCGAGCAGCGGGGUGGGGGGGACUUGGCGGUCUGACCUUUCACCAAAUCCUCCACUUUUCCGUUCCACUGGUCUCGGCCCAGACAGGCUGGGGGGGCAGGCCCACUCUCGCCUGUCCCAGCCCGACCCGCCCCGGUCUGGAUCUGGCCGGGCUGGCGUCCCAGGAUGUGUUUUGUUGACACUGUGUCACCGCCGCCCCGGGGCGUCGAGAAAUCAGAGGUGGAGGAAUGAAAACAAGAGAGAGAGAGAGAGAGAGGGAGAGAGAGAGAGAGAGAGAGAGAGAGAGAGAGAGAGAGAGAGAGAGAGAGAGAGAGAGAGAGAGAGAGAGAGAGAGAGAGAGAGAGAGAGGGAGAGUGGGGAGAGAGAGAGAGAGAGAGAGAGAGAGAGAGAGAGAGAGAGAGAGAGAGGGAGAGAGAGAGGGAGAGGGAGAGAGAGAGAGAGAGAGAGAGAGAGAGAGAGAGAGAGAGGGAGAGAGAGAGAGGGAGAGAGAGGGAGAGAGAGAGAGAGAGAGAGAGAGAGAGAGAGAGAGAGAGAGAGAGAGAGAGAGAGAGAGAGAGAGAGAGAGAGAGAGAGAGAGAGAGAGAGAGAGAGAGAGAGAGAGAGAGAGAGAGAGAGAGAGAGAGAGAGAGAGAGAGAGAGAGAGAGAGAGAGAGAGGGAGAGAGAGAGAGGGAGAGUGGGAGAGGGAGAGAGAGAGAGAGAGAGAGAGAGAGAGGGAGAGAGAGAGAGAGAGAGAGAGAGAGAGAGAGAGAGAGAGAGGGAGAGAGAGAGAGGGAGAGAGAGGGAGAGAGAGAGAGAGAGAGAGAGAGGGAGAGGGAGAGAGAGAGAGAGAGAGAGAGAGAGAGAGAGAGAGAGAGAGAGGGAGAGAGAGAGAGAGAGAGAGAGAGAGAGAGUGGGAGAGGGAGAGAGAGAGAGGGAGAGAGAGAGAGAGAGAGAGAGAGCGGGGCCGGGGCGGUGGUUCUGAGUCUGGACUCUCAGGUGAGCAGCGGCGCUCUGACGGCGGCGGCGUUGUUGUGAUCCUCCUGUCGUGGAUCACAGCCUCGCCCUCCUCUGACACGUGUACCUCAGCUUGUCAGCGCCGCUUCCUUCCUGUCUCUGUGCUCAGACUCCUACAUGUCCUUAAAGCUCAGCGUCUGAUCCUCCACCAUCAUCAUCCUAACGGAGGAGGUGGAGGAGCAGGAGGAGGAGAAGGAGGAGGAGGAGGAGGAGGAGGAGGAUCAGACUGGUUUUGGUGAAGGAUCCAUAAACUUUCUCAGCGCUGUGAGCUUCCUCGGAGCAAAACCCAGAGCUCGCCGUGAAACCGCUCCAAAGCGUUAACUCCUUCCUGUCCUCAUUUCUUCUUCUGCAGCAGAUGAAGAGGAAGAUGGCGGCGGCGGCGCUCUCAUAUAGUUUAGCCCAGCACUUCCUGUCCGUCCUCGUCAAUCUUCCCCUGAAAUGGUUUUCUGUCUCUCCUCUCAGAGUGAUUUUUUUCCCUCUCUGCAGCAGAUUUCUGAUUUGACUUCUAAUCAACCUGCGUAUUGAUUUUCUAUACGAUUGGUGAAACCAUUUAAUAUGAGGCGCCACACGUUGGUGACACCGGGUCGAUACCGCCGCACGGUCAUUAUACCGGUAAAUUGGGUCAAACGGGGUUAAAGGCCAGUAUGCUCUGCGAACUUUGACCCUUUGACCGGGGGUCAGGCUGCAGCGCCUUAAAUUUGCACGCCUGGCUGAGAGAGUGUGUGUGUGUGUGUGUGUGUGUGUUCACAUGUGUGUAUAUGGGGCAUGAAGAGGAGGAGGAGUGUGAGCAGAGGAAGCUUCGCUCUCAGCCUCCGUCUCAGGUCUCCUCGAUGAAGAGGUGGAGGAGUGUUGAAUUCAUUUCACAGUGCAGAUUUAGAGUGGGAUGAUGUGAAAAUGACACUGCUUUAAUUAAGAGUGUGUGUGUGUGUGUGCGUGCACGUGCAUGUGCGUGUGUGUGUUUAAAAGCUGCUCACACAAACACACGGAUUAUUAUUCAUCUUUAACUCGUCCCUGUUUGUCUGCAGAGUCUGAGCUGACCCAGAGUAAGGCUGGAGGAGGAGGAGGAGGAGCAGCAGGAGGAGGAGGAGGAGGAGGAGGAGGAGGAGCAGGGAACCACCUGCAGUGCCUGUCCGUCCACUGCACAGACGAGCUGGGGGACAGUAAGGGCCGAGGGGGACCCGUCUCAUCCUGGCGCUCGCUGCACUCCGACAUCUCCAACCGGUUCGGGACUUUCGUGGCCGCACUGACUUGA